AUGGCGCCCCAAAGCAGAGGUCGAGCAGUCUCCUUGUCCCUUCAGAGCUUCGAUCUGGCGCAACCCGUCACACCAGCCGAAGAGACACCUCGAGCCCUUGGAAUGGACCACGCAUUCGCGAGCUCUUCCUCAUCAGCGUACGGAGACGAGGAGAAAGACGAAGAGGAUGAAGAGGAGGAAGAAGAUAGCGGCACCCAGUCCCAAUACACGCUCGAUGAUGCGUCUUCAGAUGAGUCGUCGGGCGCCGAGUCAGGCAAUGGUGCAGGAGGCCCGGGACAGCCACCAUUUCUCCACCACUCCAAUUCUUCCUUCCUCAUGUCUAAUGCCUUUGCUCCGCCGUACUAUAACAGACCGCCCACUCCCCUGCCUGCCUCGCCUUCUUUGACGUCACUUCUUCGGCCUCCCUUCUCUACAACGACCUCGCGCCCUACGACCCCAGACAGCUCGGAGAACGAUACGCCCAAUGACACGGAAGCGGCUGUUGCCAAGUCGGCUCGCAUUGCUACAACGGUGCCUAGAGCAAGUCCAAAGGUUCCUACGUACGAAUACUACGGCUUCGUGCUGUACCUGCUCUCUUCUCUUGCUUUCCUAAUGUACCUGCUCUGGUCUUACCUACCCUCACCCUUCCUUCACCAACUUGGUAUCUACUACUACCCGAACCGCUGGUGGUCUCUUGCCAUACCCUCUUUCCUCGUCAUGACUCUCGUCUACAUUUACGUCGCAUUAGCCUCCUACAACACUGGCUAUCUGACUCUGCCCAUGAGUAGUAUAGAGAACAUCGUCGACGAAGCGGCGCACGUUGCGGUACUAGACAGCCACGGGCUGAUACAGAGGAAGGCUGGGCAGGCUGGAGCUGCGAUAGGCAUCAACGAUGCGAAAGAGGUUGAUUGGGGAACACUAUGGAAUGAGGGUACGGACGCCGUCAUGGAUGUGCCUGUUGGCGGGGUCUGUGAGAUACUCUAUGGCUUUAGGUCACUAGACGAAGAGCUAGGGAUAUUGCCUUUGUUUGCGGUUAUGCAUGCUGGCUUGAUCCGCAAGCAAUAUGACAAAGUUUUCGGAUUUCGUAGCGGCAGGAGACCAGUGGCUUGGCAGGUAGGCCUUACAUUGCACAACGCACUUAAGUUUAGACCAAACCAGGGUUCUUCUGACCACGCGCCGGAUUGCCAACAUCCGCUUCUUGGAGAAACCAUGUGGGAUGUCUUGUGGGACUAG